AUGCUGAGCAGAAAGGGGUCUUGUGCGGGGAUGCUGAGCUCUGCAGCCGGACUGGACCGCAGCAGGGUCGGGGAGAGGCUGCAGGCGGCUCUGGCCGGGCUGCAGGAGCUGCAUCUGCUGAAGGACAGACAGGGCGACAUGGUGAGCUGGGCGCUGAGGAUGGACCGAGAGGAGCCGGUCUCUGCUGUGCACGCUGGCCCAGACAGUCCCAGGAUGAUGGGGGCUGAGGAGCAGCGUCUGGAGGCCACCCUGACGACCCUCAAGCAACAGCUGUCUCGUCUUCGGAAACAGGAUGUAGGUUUGAAGACUCACUUGCAGCAGCUGGACCAACAGAUCAGUGAGCUGAAGCUGGAUGUGAGCAAGGCCUCCACCGAGCAGCUGGAGAGUGACAGCAGGCCAAGUUCAGGUUUCUAUGAGCUCAGCGAUGGCGGCUCGUUGUCCAACUCCUGCACCUCUGUGUACAGCGAGUGUCUGUCAUCCUCCCAGACGAGCCUUCUCCUCCUUCCCAUUAGCCCUGCUAAUUCCCACAUCUGCCCGCCAACACCGGUAGAUGUAUGCCGCCGGCGUUCUGCUGAUGAGUGCACUACUCAGCCCAUCCCUCCGCGGGCCACAGGCUUCCAUCUGGGCAGCAGCAGGAUCCGAGCUAGCUCCGAAAAGGCUCGACCGAGACCUGUGUCGACAGGUGAUCUUGAUAGGAUGAUGGCUCAAGGACCAAGCUACUACAACUCUGUGGAUGCAAAGAAGCCUCCAAUGUGCUCAAACCUGAAGACCUCCACAGUCGACCCCAAGUUCCACAGCAACCUGGUGUCCCGCAGUGGGACAGAGGUGUACCACUACCCCAGCCCCCUGCAUGCUGUGGCUCUCCAGAGCCCAAUCUUUUCCCAUGGGGGCGACCCAGUCACACCUGGACUUCUAGAGGGCCAAGGACCCCAAGUGAACGGUUCUGACACCCUCCAGAGGGCACAAAUGGGUUAUGAGCCCAAGACCCUGGGUUACAUUGAUAAGCUCCUCCUGCGCAGUUUGAGCAAAAUCCAGAGUGAAAUGAGCACAGAGACUCUGCAGGCCCACAGUGACUAUCACAGGAGGCCCACUGAAGUUUUAACUGUGUUUCCUGAAGUUUCUCAGAAAAACGUGCCUGUGCUGCAGCCUCUUCCAACCCAGACCACAAACAUCUCCCCGCUAGAUAGCGACCAGAAGAGGCACUGCAUGACAUUCUCCAGUCAAGAGGCAGCUGAUAACACAAACCACAAUCAGUCAGUGAGAGCCCCGGAGGUUUCACACCGAUACUCCUAUCCUGCUGUCACGAGGGAGUACAGCUCUGAUGAGGUCACCACUUUAUCUAUGAGGAAGAAUGAUAAACCCCAAGGAGAAUAUGCCAGCGUAGCAAGAAUCAGUUCAGAGAAUAGAUGCAGGGAUCAUCCAGAGUCAAUGCCACAAGAGAGAAAGGGCUAUAGGCAAAGAUCGGUGAUGGCCCACAGCUCCAGCACAGAGGAGAGUCAAGGCUUUGAGGUUCACGCUGGUUACACAGCUUCCCCUGAGUUUGUCCAUGCCAAAUUUGUCCCUGCUGGAUCUCAGAGGGUCAAGGUGAGACAGGCAGACCGUAAAACCAAAGCCGUGAAACUGAGAAGAAAAAGCGGUGAGAAGCCGCGAACAACGAGGCAGCCACAUGGCUACUCCUCGGGUGAAAGGACCAGAGAGGCCAGUGGUGGAGCCAAGGGGGAGCAGAGGAGAUCAGGAAAAGGAAAAGUGACCCAGAAAACUACCAACUGUCACACAGAGGAGCGCAGACAGGGCUCAGGCUCAGACUCCAGCCUCUGUAGCCCGGGACUCAUGUACACCCACAAGGUCCAUCCUAAGCCACAUGCGAUCCCUGCUCUUACGAAGCCCAGUAAAAGCCGCAGACUGCAGUGCCUGGAGUAUGAGCAGCCUGUAGAGCAGAGGAAGAGGAGGCAGGGGGCUGCCAAAUUGCCGUCCGAUGUAGAGAUGUUCCAGGCCUCAUGUGCUCAGCGUCAGAGGUCAAAAGAGGCCUAUGUUCAGGCUCCAGGGAGCAUGCAGAUGGUCCGCAGUAUGAGUGCCAGGUCAGGCCAGUGGAUAGGACCUCAUCGCUCCUUCCAAUCCUCCGUGUCAACUAACUCUUUCCUCCACAAUCUAAAUGCCAGAUACCCUCCAGUGGCCUUCCCAAUGUCCAGCCACUACCCACCUAGAUGCGAGUCAGAGUACUCGGCCGAGUGCGCCUCACUGUUUCACUCUACCAUUGCUGAAAGCAGCGAGGGGGAGAUGAGCGAUAACACCACCAACCGCUUUGGAGAUAGCGAGUCCAGCCAGAGCUUCCAGUCGGACUCUGACAGCAGCGACGAGGAAGACCAGGCGGACAGCCAGGAGGAGAGAGGUCUGGUGUGGGCUGAGGCUGCUCUGGGGCCCACCGCAGCUGGACAGCCACUCCAGCAGCUCCCACGCCCGGAGCCAGCAGCCUGCCGCAUCAAAGCUUCCCGAGCCCUGAAGAAGAAGAUUCGUCGGUUCCAGCCUGCCUCGCUGAAGGUCAUGACCCUGGUCUAGCAAAGUUCCCUUUGGGCAGAGUGAGAACUGUUUGAAAAACACAGAGGGCUGUGGGAAAUGCUUUCCAAACUGUUUGCAAACCUGGUCUUUGAACUCAACACCAUUAAUCAUCACUGAGAACCAGCAAUUAAACCGGACUGCAUUUGUGCACUGAUUGUUUUGUUAAAACUAAAAAAAAAAGUCAAAUUUACAGUGGUUGAACCUGAAACUGUACAAAAUUGUGCAUUGUAUAAAAGCAUGUAUAACACAAUUAUUACACUUAAACUUAAUUUGUAAAUACUUAUGUUGCAAUUAAAGUUUCUCAUAGCAUGUGGCUGCAUUUGACAAUUUCAUGGACACUUCUGUUGUAUGUACCUGAGAAAUAAAACCAAUCUUUUUACAUUUCUUAUUGCAAA